GAUGGCGGCCCAAAAAGCCUCAUAUGACUCCAAGAUAUCAGGCGUUUUAUGAGUCGGAGAAAAACGCCAGCGGAAGUGCUUCCUAUUCAUGCUUGCGGGCGUUUUGUUGCUCGCUCUGCCCUUCUGCAGCGCAAAGUCGGCGUCCAGUUUUGCAGGAUCAACACUUGUUGCAUCUUAUCCUCCCCCUGGUGCCACCAACACUGCCAUUGAUUCUUACUUCCCAGAUGCAUCGCAAGUUGGUUACGCAGGUCCAACGCCUACUGGUGCUGAACCUGAGGCUAUUGCCACUGCUAUUCCCUUCUCUAAGGUCGAAAGCGCAUUUCCCUUGUCAAGACCCAAUUCGGCAAACGGCGCCGACAUUACUUUCAAUGUAAUGCGUCGCUGGGGCAACUUGUCGCCCAUGUACUCCGUGGAGUCAUUUGGUCUUCCUGAUGCGUCUCCCGUCAUCCCAGAAGGAUGCGGUCUCAACGCAGUGCAUCUCUUGAUGCGCCACGGUGCUCGCUAUCCAACCUCUGACUCCGGACCCUCAAAAUUCGCCGCUGCAAUACAUUCUGCUGCAUCGAAAAAUGGCUUCAAUGUCACAGGUGAUUUGAAAUUCCUCGCAACCUGGACAUAUAAGCUGGGCGCGGAGAUUUUGACACCCUUCGGCCGCGAAGCGCUCUUCAGCAACGGGGUUGCCUUCCGCUAUAGAUACGGCGAGUUACUCAAUGCCUUCACAGAACUCCCAGUCUUCCGUACUACUUCUGAAGAUCGCAUGGUGGAUUCUGCCCUGAACUUUGCUGCAGGCUUUUUCGAGGUCAGAACUUACCAGACCGACUACCACCAGGAGAUCAUCAUCGAGGCGGACAACUUCAACAAUACCCUUGCUCCUUACAAUGUGUGCCCCAACUCCAAUACGGAAGAUAUCGGUUACUUCGGUAGCACUCAGGCUAGUAACUGGGCAAAUGUCUAUCUCCAAGACGCUCGAAUGCGCUUGCAGUCAAUGAUCCAAGGAUUCAAUUUUACCGUCUCAGACUUGGUUGAUAUGCAGCAGAUGUGCGCCUACGAGACUGUAGCCCUCGGUUAUUCCAAGUUUUGUGACCUCUUCACUGAGGAAGAAUGGGAGGGAUUCGAGUAUUACGUUGAUCUUGAUUUCUGGUACAGCGAUGGACCAGGUAAUCCAACAGCAGCAGCACAGGGCCUUGGCUAUGUCCAAGAGCUAGUGGCACGCCUCACUCAAACUCCCAUCACGAUGUGGAACAGCAGUACCAACAGCACUCUCGACUCGAGCAACAUCACAUUCCCUCUUGAUCAACCCAUAUAUGUGGAUGCUACCCACGACUCAGUCAUUGCCAGCAUCAUCACUGCCCUGAACUUCACCAGUCUAGCUGCAACUGGUCCCCUGCCGACCGACCAUAUCCCUCCUAAUCGUUCUUAUAUUGCUAGCCAGAUUGCACCUUUUGCCAGCCAGCUUGUCGCCCAGGUUCUCAGCUGCCCAGCCUUGGAGGAGCCCACACACAUCCGGUUCAUUCUGAAUGAUGGAGUGGUGCCAUUGACGGGUAUCCAUGGCUGCACGGAAGAUUCGAACGGUCUAUGCGCGCUGCCCAGUUUCAUCAGCGGAAUGCACGAACGAAUUGGGCAAAUUAACUUUGCGUAUGAUUGCUUCGCCAAUUACACCAUGCCCAACCCUGACAACAUAGUUGAUGGGAGAUACCCUAGUUAAAAGGACAUUCGGGUUGUGUGAAGUACAUUGUAAGCUUAGGCUUACCUUGUGCACGUGCAGCACGCGUCGCAUCGACCUUCUGCAUUUGGUCCGUUGAUUGCUGCUCACCUUAUAUACACUCUCAUAUCGAUGUAUCUGAUCUCUUACCUUACUGCCGGAUCCACACGCUCAUCACUGCUCAUCAACGUUACUCUUAUUGGAUCGUCCAACGUUUUAUCAUCCGACGUGGACGUUUCCAUACAUUUGCAUGAUAAUCAAGUCGACCCCUGGAAAGCUUCGCCGCGGAACCUCACGACCCCUUGUCCCUUGCAAUGACCA